ACAAACUGCUGAACUAUAAAACAACGUCAAAAAAAGUCUUGAGGGUGUUUGUGUUGUUUUCUUUGAAAUUCAACCAAAAGAGGAAGGAAUUCUCACAAAUUAUGACUCACAACCAAAGCCAGGAAGAUGAAUUCCAAGUUUCCGCAAGAGAUUUCAGCAAAUUAACUGAUAUUCAUCACAAAAGUGGCUACAAAGAAGGGAUUUCAGAUGGAAGAGAACAGAAAUUCCAGGAAGGAUUCGAUGCUGGAUUCCAGGAUGGCUUCCAACACGCCUUCCUAGUGGGAAAAUACAAAGCUCUAGCGUGGGUGGCGGAGCAGAAAGGCAGUAGCGGAUCAUCCGGAAGCAACACAGAUCUCCUCCUGAAGAAUCCCCAGCUGGGACACUGCCAAAUCUGCCUCGAUGAAUCCCUUCUGGAAAAGAAUCUUCUCGAAUUGGUGAAGCUGAACAGCACACAUACGCAGAAAGUUCACGAGAGAGUCAAGGAGAAAUACGGAGAGCUUUUGCCGGAAAAAGAUUUAUCUCCUGACAAAGAUUAAUUGCCCACAGAGGGGGAUUUAUUGGGUGUGAUAAAUGAAAAGCAGAAUACAAUUAUUUAUCCUUGAUAAGUAAAGAAAGUUUAUAGAUAGAGUCCCUCGGGGGUGCCCUCCUUCUUCCUGUAGAGGACACUCUCCUUGGAUUUCUUGAAAUCCUCAUUAGUCACCUUCAUUCGACGCUCCCGGAGUGCCAUGAGCCCGGCUUCAGUGCAAAUGGCCUUGAUGUCCGCCCCCGAGAGGUCAUCCUUGGCCAUAAUGAGUUCAUUGAGAUUCACAUCCUCAGCCAGGGUCAUCCGGGAGGUGUGAAUGUUGAAGAUGCGACGCUUUGUCUUCUCAUCCGGCAGCGGGAAUUCGAUUUUCCUGUCAAUACGCCCCGGACGAAUGAGGGCAGGAUCGAGUGUUUCAAUCCUAUUGGUUGCCAUGAUGACUUUCACAUCUCCGCGCGAAUCGAACCCGUCCAGCUGGUUCAGGAGCUCCAACAUUGUUCGCUGAAUUUCCCUCUCGCCGCCGGAAUUUGAAUCGUAUCGCUUUGUGCCGACUGCAUCUAUUUCGUCGAUGAAAACAAUGGAUGGGGCAUGCUCCUCGGCAACCCGGAAGAGCUCCCGCACGAGCUUUGGGCCAUCUCCGAGGUACUUCUGAAUGAGUUCCGAUCCAACAACACGCAGGAACGUGGCGGACGUUUGAUUGGCCACAGCCUUGGCCAGGAGAGUCUUCCCCGUACCCGGUGGGCCGUACAGGAUAACACCCUUCGGUGGCUUAAUGCCCAUCUCUUCGUAGUACUCAGGAUGCGUCAGGGGAAGCUCAACGGAUUCCUUAAUCUCCUGAAUUUGCGUAUCGAGCCCACCGAUAUCGGCGUACGUCUCCUGCGGUGCCUUCUCCAGCUUCAUCACCGUCACCAUGGGGUCCGUGUCGUCACUCAGCACCCCCACAACGGCGUGAACUUUGUGAUUCAGCAACACCGAGCACCCUGGUUCCAGCUGAUCCUUAUCCACGAAGGAUAAGAUGCUAACAUAGUGCUCACUUCCCACGGAGGUGGACACAAUGGCGUGAUUAUCGUCAAUAAUCUCCUCCAGUGUGCCCACGGACAUUGGUGUGCCCCUCAAGUCAUCAACCUUACUCCUCUCCUCCUCAUUCUUCUCCUCCUGUGGCUUCAAUCGCUCCUGAUUACGAAUAAAUUCCUCCUCCAUCAACAGAUAA